GAGAGCAGGAGACAGAGAUUGGAUUCUCUCCUGAAAUACAUUCAGUUUGCUGGUUUAAUCAUUAAACUAAAAACCGAACUCGUCUGCCGGCCAGUUAUAGUGUUUUGUAGGGUUGAUUUGAACUUUACAAACGAGCUUUAGUUUUUAAGCAGAGUUUCUUUCGUCUUUUGCGAUCUCGGCCAAUGGUUUGCUAUAGUUUGUGGAACAACUAGAAGAACCAGUUUAUUGUCUGUUUAACUGCCUAGUUUCAGUUCGUCAGCAAGACGCCGCUGAUGAAAGAUUUGGCGUGAAGACCUGGAACAAAUGAAACCGCAAAAUGCCUGAUGCAAAUAAAGUUCCAAGAAGUUCCGACAGAAAUCAACCUUCAAAUAGAGCACAUCGGGAAAGAAGAUAUCGAAACCACUCGAGUUCUGAGAAUAAUUAUCCCGGGAAACGUAGCAGAGAAGAUGGUCGAGAUUACAGGGAAUCUCACCAAAGCAAGCCCCAUUCUUCCCGACAAUCGUACCCUCCAAGUGAAAGACGUGAUCCACAUGAGGAAUACACCCGACAUCCUGGUUCUCGAAUGCCACCAUCUCAUCCAAACAGUCGCCCCUCUUCUUCCUCGCCACCUUAUUACAGCUCCCCAUCACAAACUAACACUGCUCCUCCCAAAGAGUCCUUUGGGACAAAGUGCUCCUACAUGUGUUCAAGAAGAGGGUUGUUGCAGACGUUUGAAAUCAUUCUGAACCUGGUGGUGCUGAUCUGUGCUGCAGCAACCCAGAGUGCCUCUGCUGGCUUCGAUAGCAUUGGAGGUUUCGGGAGUACUUAUUAUUACAACAUGGGCUAUGCAAACAGCGGAUUUCUAAAUCAUGAAGUGCAGCAGAUUGCCGAGCUGGAUAUACAGUACAACAGGAUGAAGUCGGCCACUGUGUACUGUGCAGUGGGGCUAAGUGUCAUUCUGUUUGCUUUUGCCAUGGCCUUUCUUGUUGCUGGAUGCAUAAUGCAACACAAAAGAUCCUCUGUGCAGGACAGCACAUUUGCAAACUUCCUGAUCAUGGAGUGUGUGGUGAAGGCUCUCGCAGCUGUGGUCUACAUUAUAGGAGUGGCAUUGUACCUUCACUUCAUUCAUAAAAUUAAUGCCACUGACAUGUGCAAGCAGAGGGAAUCACUCUACAACAGACACGGCUACAGCUCGGUGAAAUGUGCCAUACUGGGCACCGAAGUUGCUGUUUCCAUCUUUGCUGUCAUGCUGAUCGUUGUGUACAUUGCUGAAGUGGGACUCGGAGUUCUGGCUUACCGAAAGGUGCAAGCAGCACGACCAGAAUACACCAAACCUCUGAGCACCUCUGUCAUGCAUCACGCUACAUUGCCUGAGGUGGCACCAACUGAAUCCCACUUAUCGUAUAUAUAAACUUGAGCUUACAUACACACAACACUGUGGAUGCUGGAAAUCUGAAACAAAAACAGUGUGUGCUGGAGACGCUCAGCAGAUCUGGUAGCAUUUGUUGAAAGAGAGAGAGAGAGACAAACUGACAUAUUGAGUCCAAUGACCCUUCACAGUAAGCUAGGGAAGGGUGAAUUUAACCUGAUGACAGGGUGGGGUUGGGGGAAGAGGUUAAAGGUAAAGUCACCAGAGAGAGCUGCUUUCUCUCUCUCUGUCUCUCAUUAGAGAGAGUUGACUGGUGGUGGUUUAACCUGAGGGUUGUUGAAGAGGAGAGUCCUUUACAGUGACUUGAGUUGAUGUAGGAAUUGAACCCAUGAUGGUGGCAUGAUUCAGCAUUACAAACCAUUAGUUCCACCAGCUGAGCUAGUGGAAUACAUAACAUACAGAGAGGGUGAGAGAGAAAAGGGAUAGGCAAACAAGGAGGUUACGGCUAGGCUCCAAGAGAAAUAAUGGCAGGUAUUAAAUCUCUGUUUUUUGACUAUCCCUUUUUCUCUUACGCUCUCUCUGGACACAGUCUUGACGUACUCUAUUCCCUGCAUCCAUCCCAUCAUCAGCGUAAAUUUCAGCCUCACCACACAACCCCCCCCACCCCCAUCUAUCUUCAGUGACUUGACUCAAAAUGUUAACUCUGUUUUCUCUCGACAGAUACUGCCAGAUCUGCUAUGUUUCUCUACCAUCUUCUGGUUAUGUUAUUAACAUUUGGACAGGAGGUUCCAGUUACAAUGAUACCUUUUUUAAUAAUACACACAGCAAGAUAUAUUUACCUGAUUUGUUUAGGUUUAAGGGUCUACAGUUAGUUUUAGAAGCAAAAGGGAUAACAAAGUGUGGAGCUGGAUGAACACAGCAGGCCAAGCAGCAUCUUGGGAGCAGGAAAGCUGAUGUUUCGGGCCUAGACCCUUCAUCCUAUUAUCUCUUAGAAGCAAAAGGUACCAAUUCUCACCAGUGUUGGGGUUAGAGAAUACUGUAAUCCAUUGAGGCAACAAUAUUUGUGAAAUAAUUUUUGAGAAUGAAUAGUGAAAGCUUUGUGCAUUCAGAAGCUGCAGAUCUGAAUUCCUGUCUUGGACACAACAAUUGAGACCUAAGUCUUAAAUAAUACUUUCAUUUUCAGCUUCAUUGACAAGUUUAAUGUUGACCUUAAAGAACCACUACUCCUGUGCUGCUAAAGAGUAUCAAAUAGAAACACAGUAAUGUUAUAUCUUAGUGUGUACAAGGGUAGGAGCAGGCUGGAAGUAUAGGGGGGAGGGAAGAAAAUCUAAUGCGAUUUAGCAGGCUUUGUUUUAGAGAAAAGUGUCAGAUUACACAUUGGGUUCAGUCUAACCUCCUGGCAUUUCUACCAUUGGCCACAAUUAGCAGAAGUUAGGAAUUAUUGUGCAUUUUCUUGUUUUUUGUUGGGAGUGCACGAUGGGUUUUGUGCCUAUUCCAGUCUCCAGGCAUUCUCUUUUGCCCUCAUUCUUGCUGUCUCUCUCUCUCUCUCUCUCUCUCUCUCUCUCUGCUCCCCCCCGCUCCCAAAUCCACUUGAAUCCCCUUGCUUUGACUCCUAGUUUCUUACCCUUCCUCUGCCCAAGCUCCAAACUGCUGAUGGCCAUUCCCUGGCCUCCUAGCCUAUUCCCCCUCAGACCUUGGGUCUUACACCGAGUUUCUGUCACGUUCUUCUAUGAACAACAGUUCAGGCCCCAUCAUGUCUAGCUGAAUCCUGUUUAUGUUGUACAUUUCUCUCUGUGUGGGAAACAGGACCUGAAGACUUGCCACUUGGAGAUUCAAUGCUACGCACUGUGGGCCGCACUCUUGACACCACAGUUAAUGUCUACUGCUAGGGUCAUUUUGCUCUUGGGUGCCUUGGAAUAUAUUAUAAUUUAGACGAUGACCUCUUAGAAGGUCGAGUUCACCUCUGGGACCUGAGGACAGAAAUCAAGGCCGAUGCUUUGCUGCAGUACUGAGGGAUUGCUGCACUGUCGGAGGUGCCACCUUUUGCAUGAGAAGUUAAAACUGUAUGCCUUCUUAGGCAAACUUAAAAUAUCCUGUAAUACUAUUUGGAAGAAGGAGGAAUGGAUUUCUCCAAGCCCCAUCCCAAGCGGGUUUACCAGUACUCAUCCCUCAGUCAUCACCAUAAAAACUGAUUACUGUGAUGCUGUUUGUGGGAGCUUGCUGUGUACAAAUUGGCAGACUGAAAAGUGCUUUGAGAGGCACAGCAGUGAUGUAAUUGCAAGACGUUUUUUUUCUCUUCAGCAUGAUUUAAAUAGAACUCCAAUGCCGACAUAAUGUCGCAUUCACAUUCAGACAUUCUGUAUUUAAAAGUUGAGGUGACUAAGCUAGUGCUGAAAUACACAAAUCUAAUGACACUACUUAAAUACUCUUCCCAUCUGUGUAGAAUUUCCACCCCCAUAACAGACAGAUUCUUCACAGUGCUAAAAUGGAUAAAAGAAUAGAAUUAUCAGAUGACAGUGGGGAAAAUAGUCAAUUUGACUUGAUCACUGUACUUUAUUGAAUCCACACAGUUCGCCCACACUGAGUGUUACACUUAAUGUUGUGAAAUGGGUACAUUAUAUACCUGGAUAACAAAGUGUGAAGCUGGAUGAACACAGCAGGCCAAGCAGCAUCUCAGCAGCACAAAAGCUGACGUUUCAGGCCUAGACCCUUCAUCUGGCUUCACACUUUGUUAUCUUGGAUUCUCCAGCAUCUGCAGUUCCCAUUAUCUCUGACACAUUAUAUACCUGUCUGUCUGUUUCAAGUCUACACAUUUACAUCUGUGCUGGUGGCUUCUCACAUAGCUACAACUUUUGUUAUCGAAAUGAUUGAACAAAUUUAGAAACAAGCUACAAGUUAUAGAUGGGAAGCUGUAUGGCAUCCUAGGUUUGAAACUUUUUGCAAAACAUGCAUUUCUACUAAAGGAUUAAAGCUGGGAGAUAGGUUAACAAUUUGGGUCAAAUAGUUAGAGAAUAUUAAUGUAGUUUUUAUAUUUUAUUGUGAGUUUAUGCUGUUACAUUUAUGAUUGGAAUGAAGUUUCUGUUUAAGAGGACAGAUAUCUGAAAUAAUGACCUAUUUCAAUCAAUCCAACCAGCUGAAAGGGCACAUUUGGCCUGAUUAUUGA